AGUGCAAAAAGCUCAUUCGAAAAAAAAAAAUUGAAAAACUCGGACGGAAAAAUCAGAAUAUCGCGAAAUAAGAGAAGCACCGCAACUGCAACUGAUACUUGGCACAAAUAGCGAUUAGAAAAGCUGAUUGAAAGUGGAGAUUUGCCAGAUUCGCAAAGAAAAGAAAAUACACAUUCUUUUGCAGUCGUUAAAUCGCGUGUUCCUCGGGCUCCGUGUGUGUGUGUGUGUGUUUGUGAGGCAUAGUGGAGAGAGGCAGGGUGUGCAAAUAACUUUUGCCGCGUUGCCAUUAUUGAGAUCUUCGGCGAAUUUGGAACCAAAGAAGAGGGCGCAAGAAGGAGAUCGGCGGGUGAAUGUCGCUGAAACACCAAAGACCCUCCUACCAACCGCUCCCCACAGCGGCAGCCAUGGAUAAUCCCGCGAUGGUCCAGAGCAGCAGCAGCGACAGCAGCCAGGAGGAUGUUGCCAACCUGGCUAAUCUGUUACCUGUUGGAUUGCCUCCGACAUACUCGUCACAGCAGCUGAUGCCGGGACUCCAGUCAGUCGUUCCCACGCGCUUCGCCGCCGUUGGGCGGUCACAAUGGUUCACUGUCGCGGUGCUCUGCUUUGUCAACCUCAUCAACUACAUGGAUCGCUUUACGAUUGCCGGAGUACUGCCGGACGUAACUAAAGAUUUCGAUAUCGGAAAUGAUAGUGCCGGUCUCUUGCAGACCGUCUUUGUUAUCUCGUAUAUGGUGUGCGCCCCAAUCUUUGGAUACUUGGGCGAUCGCUAUUCCCGCCCCUGGAUAAUGGCGGUCGGGGUGGGCUUGUGGAGCACCACAACGCUGCUGGGAUCGUAUAUGCAGAACUUCGGUUGGUUCAUCACCUUCCGGGCGCUGGUGGGAAUCGGCGAGGCUUCGUACAGUACGAUUGCGCCGACGAUCAUCUCGGAUCUGUUCAUCCACGACAUGCGCUCGAGGAUGCUGGCCCUGUUCUACUUCGCCAUUCCCGUGGGAUCCGGCCUGGGUUAUAUCGUGGGAUCCAAGACCGCUCACCUGGCCAACAACUGGCGAUGGGCUUUGAGGGUGACACCCAUUUUGGGCGUUGUGGCCGUCUUGUUAAUUAUGCUCAUCAAGGAUCCGGAGCGGGGUCAAAGCGAAGGAUCGCACCACCUGGAGGCCACUACCUACAAGCAGGACAUUAAGGCUUUGCUCAAGAACCGCUCAUUUAUGCUCUCCACGGGUGGAUUCACAUGCGUGGCAUUUGUGGCCGGAGCAUUGGCCUGGUGGGGACCUUCCUUCAUCUAUCUAGGACUGAAGAUGCAGCCCGGCAACGAGAAUCUCGUACAGGACGACAUCUCGUACAAAUUCGGUAUCGUGGCCAUGUUGGCGGGUCUCAUUGGUGUUCCAAUGGGUUCCCUCCUGGCCCAGCGCCUGCGAGGACAUUACGAGAACUGUGAUCCUUACAUCUGUGCCGGAGGACUCUUUGUAUCGGCACCCAUGGUAUUUGCUGCUCUCAUGGUGCCCCAAUCGAGCCCGGAGAUGCUCUGCUUUUUCUUCGUCUUCGUGGCCCAGGUGGCGCUCAACCUGUGCUGGUCCAUAGUGGCUGAUAUCCUGCUGUAUGUGGUGAUUCCAACGCGUCGUUCGACAGCUGAAGCCUUCCAGAUUCUUAUUUCUCAUGCGCUAGGCGAUGCCGGCAGUCCUUAUUUGGUGGGAGCGAUAUCCGAGGCAAUUAUGAAGCAUCUGCAUAAGAAUCCCAGCGAUUCUGGACUGAGAAUGCAGAGCAUGUCCCAAUUGGCGGAGAAUGCCACAGCUUUGAUCGGUACAACCGCUAGCGGCAUCAUCGACUCCAUGAAAUCUGCAUCCGAUUACACGGAUGCGGAGAAAUUUGAGGGAUUACAGUAUGCCCUGUCCACCAGCUUUGUGGAGGUCCUGGGCGGCAUCUUCUUCAUGAUCACGGCCUGCUUCAUAAUCAAGGACAAGUAUGAAGCUUCGCGAGGAUCCCAAGAGGCAUCAGCGGCUCAACAGCAGCAGCGAGCUAUUGCAUAAUACCAGCCGAUCCUGGAAGUUAUGCUGCGCACUCAGAGCUAUGACGGGGCGCUGGGUGAACUGAUUCUGACUGAAAACCAUCUUUAAUUUUAAUUAACGCUCACUCGCACUCACCGCACAUACCGCGCUCAUAUCGGCUAGUAUAUAAUUAGCCCUCGUUCAUGUUCCUAUUUGGAAGGAUCGGAAGAACCGCCGGCAUCAGCACCACACCGAUUUGUAGAUAUACUACACACCCUCACAGGCACACACCAAGUCAUAACAUUACAGAGAUCAUUUACCUAUUACUUGUAAACGGGUUGGGGCUGGUGGCCAGGACGAAUGCCAGGACACCAGCUCCAGCUCGUUGUUAGCCCUAGAUCUGGUAUUUUAGUUUUUAUUAGAAAUUAGGCAGAGCGCUCCCUCAGAUCCGAUAAUGUAAAUAGAUAUUAUCUCAGGCAUCGAGUGCGAAAACUGCCUGACGUUGGGAUAUUUAUAUAAAGAUAAAUAUAGUUCUAUUUUAAAUAUGAAGUGUAAAUAUAGAUAAGCACCGGCCAUUGUAUAAGUGCAUAGUCUGUAUAACCAAUCUAACUAUAAAGCCGUAGUUUUUACCAUACGUAACUGUAAUCCUAUUCAUUAAUUAGUUAGUCGAGUAACAAAUUGGAUGAAACCGUGUGUAUGUGCACCCUCAGCAAUUAUUGAAUAUUACAGCGUAAUUAUUAUUUUUAAACAAAACUGCAAAACAGCAUUAAUUAA